AUUACGUCAUCGGGCCUAAUCUAGGAAGUAGAGAAACAUCAACAAUCCGGAGGGCAAGAACUAGCCUAGUCGGAUAAUAUAAUCAAGUUGCUUCAGUUCUAUUGAAUACGUCUAUAUUAAAGGGUAGUUUUAAUACCCUCGAAAUGUCAUUGUUUGGGAAGAUAUUUGGUGGAGGGGGUAAAGGAGGAAAGGGACCCAGUCCGCAGGAGGCGAUCCAGAAACUCCGAGAGACGGAGGAGAUGCUAACGAAGAAACAAGAAUUUUUAGAGAAAAAAAUUGAUCAGGAACUACAAAUUGCCAAGAAAAAUGGAACGAAAAACAAAAGAGCGGCACUUCAGGCUUUGAAAAGGAAGAAGCGGUACGAAAAGCAGCUCGCCCAGAUCGACGGCACAAUCUCCACCAUUGAGUUCCAGAGGGAGGCUCUGGAGAAUGCCAACACCAACACGGAAGUGCUCAAAAACAUGGGCCUCGCUGCCAAGGCCAUGAAGUCUGCACAUGAAAACAUGGAUAUCAAUAAGGUCGAUGACCUGAUGCAGGACAUUACGGAGCAACAGGAGCUGGCUCAGGAGAUCUCGGACGCCAUCUCUAAACCUGUAGGUUUUGGAGAGGAGUUUGAUGAGGACGAGCUGUUGGCAGAGCUGGACGAGCUGGAACAGGAAGAGCUGGACAAGAACCUUCUAGAGAUCGGAGGACCGGAGAAUGUCCCUCUCCCCAACGUGCCUUCAACUUCAUUACCUUCCAGACCUGCCAGGAAAGAAGAAGACGAGGAUGACAUGGAGGACCUGCAGCGCUGGGCAAUGGAAGCAAUGUAACCCCAGCUUCUCCCACAGUGUUCUGAAGAAGGAGCAGUUAUUGGAAGGCUAUGGACUGAUGAGAUGUUCAGUGUUUUUGUGUCUGAGGAGAGUUUGCUGUGUACUUCAUGUAACACUACAAAUAAGCAACAAUGCUGUAGUCCUCCUUUUCUUGUCCUUUAUUCCAGUCUAGGCUCGUGGUCGCUCAGAGCACACAUGCCAGAGGGGGUCAUUUUGUUUCAACUCCGUUGGUGUACCUUUUAAAAAAACGCCACCUAGUUUGUUUUUGCCUUCAAACCUAAAAAUGUUAUUUAAAAGUUAUGAUUUCUAUGUACCAUGCAGAACCGUGGCAGCGGGAUUCAAGAAGCUUGGGCUCUGUGCUGAAACAUGUUCACUAUUACAAUAACAUGACUGGAGGAGGAAGGGAAGAGUGGAAGCUAAAUCCCAUCUAACUGUGAUAUUAGAGUUGCUAUAGGAUUAAAAUAAAAAGACAUUUCACAGGAAAAGAAGGAUGCAUGGGGGGGAAGAAUAUCUAAAGCGGUGUUGCUCUACUUUGCUUCUGUCCACAGCUUUCUUCAACAAGGCAUUUUCACCAACUGUACUUGUAAUUUGGUGUAAAUAUCCCAAAUAUGUAUUUUAUUUGUACAGUAAUUCUGCUGCCAUUGAGAGGGUCAGGGGAGAGAAGCAUGCAAGAAUGAGAAGUCACAAUACAAAUCACAUCGCACGGCUAGACAGAAUGAUGUUUAAUCCUGUUCUCCUUCUCUGUCUGUUUCAGUCCCUUUCUUAAGGGUUUCAUUUCAAAUUGUAUAUUGUUUAAAAAAAAUAAUAAUAAACAACAUGACACCUUACUAACUAUCCAGGGGGAAAUUGUGAUUCAUGAAAGCUUAGUCACUCUCUAAUGUUUGCAUUAUGGUGUUAAAAGAGUUGACUUAUUUAGUUUUUCACUGUCAUGAUGUCUGUUUUCUACACAGGAAAACAAAAAAAAGCAGACAUACAGACCAGCAUGUUUGCCUUUCUGAACUUUAUUUAUCCAGAGGAUAAUAUGAUUAGCAAUUCAUUAAAAUGUUUUCACUUCUUUCACCAUAA